AAGAAUGAUCACCAUACGUCUUGUCGUGGCUGUCACCGUGCCUAUAAAGAUGCAAAAGUCACACGCAACGAGACACUCACGGGGCCUCAACUCAUCAAAGACUUCUGCGAAACUCAAUCAAGUUGACAAUUGAUAUUUCUGAGCUUUGUUUUCUUGGGGAAAAAAAGAAUGCUCUGGCCAAUCCUGCUCCAAGUCCUGAUCAUUGGUGCUAUGCCCACACAAGCUGCCCAAACCACACCCAAUGCUGCCACCGGCAAUGCUAUGACCACAGUGAACAAUGCUGCGACUGGCAAUGCCGCAACCACAGCUGUGAACCCUGCAACCACAGCCGUCAAUGCUGCGACGGGCAAUGCUGCAACCACUGCUGCAAACGUGGCAACUGGAAACGCUGCAACUACAGCUGGCAAUGCCGCAACUGGUAACGCUAUGACCACGGCUGCUAACGCAGCAACUGGCAACGCUGCAACCACACCUGUGAACGCUGCAACCACAGCCGUCAAUGCUGCGACGGGCAAUGCUGCAACCACUGCUGCGAACGCGGCAACUGGCAACGCUGCAACCACAGCCGUCAAUGCUGCGACUGGAAACGCUGCAACUACAGCUGGCAAUGCUGCAACUGGCAACGCUGCGACCACGGCUGCUAACGCAGCAACUGGCAACGCUGCAACCACAGCUGUGAACGCUGCAACCACAGCUGGCAAUGCUGCGACUGGAAACGCUGCAACUACAGCUGGCAAUGCUGCAACUGGCAACGCUGCGACCACGGCUGCUAACGCAGCGACUGGAAACGCUGCAACUACAGCUGGCAAUGCUGCAACUGGCAACGCUGCGACCACAGCUGCUAACGCAGCAACUGGCAACGCUGCAACCACAGCAGUCAAUGCUGCGACGGGCAAUGCUGCAACCACUGUUGCGAACAUGGCAACUGGAAACGCUGCAACCACAGCUGUCAAUGCUGCAACUGGAAACGCUGCAACAACAGCUGGCAAUGCUGCAACUGGAAACGCUGCAACAACAGCUGGCAAUGCUGCAACUGGUAACGCUGUGACCACAGCUGCUGGCGCAGCAACUGGAAACACUGCAACCACAGCCGUCAAUGCUGCGACGGGCAAUGCUGCAACCACUGCUGCGAACGCGGCAACUGGCAACGCUGCAACCACAGCCGUCAAUGCUGCGACUGGAAACGCUGCAACUACAGCUGGCAAUGCUGCAACUGGCAACGCUGCGACCACGGCUGCUAACGCAGCAACUGGCAACGCUGCAACCACAGCUGUGAACGCUGCAACCACAGCUGGCAAUGCUGCGACUGGAAACGCUGCAACUACAGCUGGCAAUGCUGCAACUGGCAACGCUGCGACCACAGCUGCUAACGCAGCAACUGGCAACGCUGCAACCACAGCUGUGAACGCUGCAACCACAGCAGUCAAUGCUGCGACGGGCAAUGCUGCAACCACUGUUGCGAACAUGGCAACUGGAAACGCUGCAACCACAGCUGUCAAUGCUGCAACUGGAAACGCUGCAACAACAGCUGGCAAUGCUGCAACUGGUAACGCUGUGACCACGGCUGCUGGCGCAGCAACUGGAAACACUGCAACCACAGCCGUCAAUGCUGCGACGGGCAAUGCUGCAACCACUGCUGCGAACGCGGCAACUGGCAACGCUGCAACCACAGCCGUCAAUGCUGCGACUGGAAACGCUGCAACUACAGCUGGCAAUGCUGCAACUGGCAACGCUGCGACCACGGCUGCUAACGCAGCAACUGGCAACGCUGCAACCACAGCUGUGAACCCUGCAACCACAGCCGUCAAUGCUGCGACGGGCAAUGCUGCAACCACUGCUGCGAACGCGGCAACUGGCAACGCUGCAACCACAGCCGUCAAUGCUGCGACUGGAAACGCUGCAACUACAGCUGGCAAUGCUGCAACUGGCAACGCUGCGACCACGGCUGCUAACGCAGCAACUGGCAACGCUGCAACCACAGCUGUGAACCCUGCAACCACAGCCGUCAAUGCUGCGACGGGCAAUGCUGCAACCACUGCUGCAAACGUGGCAACUGGAAACGCUGCAACUACAGCUGGCAAUGCCGCAACUGGUAACGCUAUGACCACGGCUGCUAACGCAGCAACUGGCAACGCUGCAACCACACCUGUGAACGCUGCAACCACAGCCGUCAAUGCUGCGACGGGCAAUGCUGCAACCACUGCUGCGAACGCGGCAACUGGCAACGCUGCAACCACAGCCGUCAAUGCUGCGACUGGAAACGCUGCAACUACAGCUGGCAAUGCUGCAACUGGCAACGCUGCGACCACGGCUGCUAACGCAGCAACUGGCAACGCUGCAACCACAGCUGUGAACGCUGCAACCACAGCUGGCAAUGCUGCGACCACAGCUGCUAACGCAGCAACUGGCAACGCUGCAACCACAGCUGUGAACGCUGCAACCACAGCAGUCAAUGCUGCGACGGGCAAUGCUGCAACCACUGUUGCGAACAUGGCAACUGGAAACGCUGCAACCACAGCCGUCAAUGCUGCGACUGGAAACGCUGCAACUACAGCUGGCAAUGCUGCAACUGGCAACGCUGCGACCACAGCUGCUAACGCAGCGACUGGAAACGCUGCAACUACAGCUGGCAAUGCUGCAACUGGCAACGCUGCGACCACAGCUGCUAACGCAGCAACUGGCAACGCUGCAACCACAGCUGUGAACGCUGCAACCACAGCAGUCAAUGCUGCGACGGGCAAUGCUGCAACCACUGUUGCGAACAUGGCAACUGGAAACGCUGCAACCACAGCUGUCAAUGCUGCAACUGGAAACGCUGCAACAACAGCUGGCAAUGCUGCAACUGGUAACGCUGUGACCACGGCUGCUGGCGCAGCAACUGGAAACACUGCAACCACAGCCGUCAAUGCUGCGACGGGCAAUGCUGCAACCACUGCUGCGAACGCGGCAACUGGCAACGCUGCAACCACAGCCGUCAAUGCUGCGACUGGAAACGCUGCAACUACAGCUGGCAAUGCUGCAACUGGCAACGCUGCGACCACGGCUGCUAACGCAGCAACUGGCAACGCUGCAACCACAGCUGUGAACGCUGCAACCACAGCUGGCAAUGCUGCGACUGGAAACGCUGCAACUACAGCUGGCAAUGCUGCAACUGGCAACGCUGCGACCACAGCUGCUAACGCAGCGACUGGAAACGCUGCAACUACAGCUGGCAAUGCUGCAACUGGCAACGCUGCGACCACAGCUGCUAACGCAGCAACUGGCAACGCUGCAACCACAGCUGUGAACGCUGCAACCACAGCAGUCAAUGCUGCAACGGGCAAUGCUGCAACCACUGUUGGGAACAUGGCAACUGGAAACGCUGCAACCACAGCUGUCAAUGCUGCAACUGGAAACGCUGCAACAACAGCUGGCAAUGCUCCAACUGGUAACGCUGUGACCACGGCUGCUGGCGCAGCAACUGGAAACACUGCAACCACAGCCGUCAAUGCUGCGACGGGCAAUGCUGCAACCACUGCUGCGAACGCGGCAACUGGCAACGCUGCAACCACAGCCGUCAAUGCUGCGACUGGAAACGCUGCAACUACAGCUGGCAAUGCUGCAACUGGCAACGCUGCGACCACGGCUGCUAACGCAGCAACUGGCAACGCUGCAACCACAGCUGUGAACGCUGCAACCACAGCUGGCAAUGCUGUGACUGGAAACGCUGCAACUACAGCUGGCAAUGCUGCAACUGGCAACGCUGCGACCACAGCUGCUAACGCAGCGACUGGAAACGCUGCAACUACAGCUGGCAAUGCUGCAACUGGCAACGCUGCGACCACGGCUGCUAACGCAGCAACUGGCAACGCUGCAACCACAGCUGUGAACGCUGCAACCACAGCUGGCAAUGCUGCGACUGGAAACGCUGCAACUACAGCUGGCAAUGCUGCAACUGGCAACGCUGCGACCACAGCUGCUAACGCAGCGACUGGAAACGCUGCAACUACAGCUGGCAAUGCUGCAACUGGCAACGCUGCGACCACGGCUGCUAAUGCAGCAACUGGCAACGCUGCAACCACAGCUGUGAACGCUGCAACCACAGCUGGCAAUGCUGCGACUGGAAACGCUGCAACUACAGCUGGCAAUGCUGCAACUGGCAACGCUGCGACCACAGCUGCUAACGCAGCGACUGGAAACGCUGCAACUACAGCUGGCAAUGCUGCAACUGGCAACGCUGCGACCACAGCUGCUAACGCAGCAACUGGCAACGCUGCAACCACAGCUGUGAACGCUGCAACCACAGCAGUCAAUGCUGCGACGGGCAAUGCUGCAACCACUGUUGCGAACAUGGCAACUGGAAACGCUGCAACCACAGCUGUCAAUGCUGCAACUGGAAACGCUGCAACAACAGCUGGCAAUGCUGCAACUGGCAACGCUGCGACCACGGCUGCUAACGCAGCAACUGGCAACGCUGCAACCACAGCUGUGAACGCUGCAACCACAGCUGGCAAUGCUGCGACUGGAAACGCUGCAACUACAGCUGGCAAUGCUGCAACCACAGCAGUCAAUGCUGCAACUACUGCUGCGAACGCGGCAACUGGAAACGCUGCAACCACAGCCGUCAGUGCUGCGACGGGCAAUGCUGCAACCACGGCUGCUAAUGCAGCAACUGGAAAUGCUGCAACCACAGCCAUCAAUGCUGCAACUGGUAAUGCUGCAACCACAGCUGUGAACGCUGCAACCACAACCGUCAAUGCUGUGACGGGCAAUGCUGCAACCACAGCUGUGAACGCUACGACUGGAAACGUUGCAACCACAGCUGGAAACGUUGCAACCACAGCUGUCAAUGCUGCAACCACAGCUGUGAACGCUACGACUGGAAACGUUGCAACCACAGCUGGAAACGUUGCAACCACAGCUGUCAAUGCUGCAACCACAGCUGUCAAUGCGGCAACUACAGCCGUCAAUGCGGCAACCACAGCCGUCAAUCCUGCAACCGGUAAUGUCACGCCCACAGCUGGCAAUGGCGCAACUGGCAAUACCGGAGCUGCAACAACAAAUGCAAACAGCGCAACGACAACAAGCACUGCCGUUACAUCCUUCCACGUGAGUGGCGUCCUCUUUUGUCACCUCUGCGUGGCACUCCUUAAACUAUCCACAAUGUAAACUCGCUGGGAUGGUUGAUUUAAUUUAAAAUGUCACCGAAAGUGCACUGACAGGUCGAAACAAAGAUGUGGAUGACUUGUAUUUUAAUGUUGUCAUUUUGAAAAGGAAAAAAAAAAAAAAAAAGUAACAAUUACUUAACAUGUUAAGUUUGACACCGUGGGUGCGAGUAUUUUUAUUGUUUUAGUUCCCACUGCCAUUUUUAAAUAUGUAUGUGUAACAGCGAAAGUAUGGACAAUAUUGUACAGACUAUGUAAUUUAUUGAGUUGGCAUUCAUGAAGUGACAAAUAAAUUAAUUUCAAUAGA